CAUCUUGUCUCUCCAAAAGAAGGGUCAGACUCAGAGAGAGAGAGAGAGAGAGAGAGAGAGAGAGAGAUGGACGGCACCCUGGCAGCCGCAGCGGGCAUCGGCACCGGCACCUCGUCGAACGGCGGCGCCAGCACCCGGGGGAAGCCCAUCAAAUGCAAAGCGGCAGUGGCGUGGGGCCCUGGCGAGCCGCUGGCGAUGGAGCAGGUGGAGGUGGCGCCGCCGGGGCGCCUGGAGGUGCGCGUCAAGGUGCUCUUCACCUCCAUCUGCCACACCGACCUCAGCGCCUGGAAGGGAGAGAACGAGCUGCACCGCAAGUUUCCUCGCAUCUUCGGCCACGAGGCAGCCGGAGUGGUGGAGAGCGUGGGCGAAGGAGUAGAAGACCUUGUUCCUGGAGACCAUGUAGUCCCCAUCUUCACCGGGGAAUGCAGGGAAUGCGUCUACUGCGAGUCUGACAAAACAAACCUCUGCGGGACCUACCGUGUGAACCCUUUCAAGAGCACCAUGGUCUCAGACAAUGGCACGAGGUUCUCCGUGGUCGAUCGGUCGGGCGUACGCCAGCCGGUCUACCACUUCCUUAACACGUCCACCUUCACCGAGUACACCGUGCUCGACGCGGCCUGCGCUGUCAAGAUCAACCCCAAGGCGCCUCUGGAGAGGAUGUACCUCCUCAGCUGCGGCAUCUCCACAGGGGUGGGAGCAGCGUGGAACACUGCAAAUGUUUCCAAGGGAUCAACGGUCGCAGUAUUCGGCCUUGGUGCUGUUGGUCUUGCGGUCGCCGAGGGUGCCAGACUACGAGGGGCAGCUCAGAUCAUCGGUGUUGACAUAAACCCUGAAAAGUUUAUCAAAGGCAAAGAGAUGGGGGUCACUGACUUCAUCAACUCCAAGGCCUGCGGCAAACCUGUUCAUGAGGUGAUCAGGGAGAUGACUGAUGGAGGUGUCGACUACAGCUUCGAGUGCACCGGGAUCAAUGAUGUGCUCCGAGAGGCGUUCGUGUCCACGCAUGAUGGCUGGGGCCUGACGGUGGUGCUGGGGAUCCAUGCGACGCCCAAGAUGAUGCCGCUGCACCCAAUGGAGCUCUUCGACGGCCGACGGAUCACCGGCUGCGUCUUCGGCGACUUCAAGGGAAAGUCCCAGCUGCCGGCCCUCGUCGACAAGUGCAUCAACGGGGAGGUUAAUAUCAACUUCGAUGGCUUCAUAACGCACAAGAUGCCCUUCUCGGACAUCAACAAGGCUUUCCAGUUGUUGGAGGAAGGCAAGUCGCUGAGGUGCCUGCUCAAUCUCUGAUGAUCUGAUCAGAGAGAUGGACUUCAGGAUUAGUGUUGAUUCGACUGCAAUAAUGGCAAAAGUAGAGAAAUGUUUUUCCAGUGUUCAGUUGUAUAAUUCCCAUGUGCAUGUAUGUAUUAUAAAAUGAAUGGGACUUCUCUGAAGAACAAAAGGACAACUAUUAUCCAGAAUAAAAUAGCACUAAUGUUGGCAUUA